GCACGCCGGUCUCGUGCCGGCGCUCGUCAUCUCGCUGUCCACAAUCCCUCGGCGAGCUGAUUCAUUGAUUCCCUUGAAUAGAUUAUUCCUAGAAUUCAUCCUUUUUUUCUCCCCAUUUUUCUUUGAUAGAUGUCCUAUACUUCUAGCGUCUCUCGCACUUAUCGGGCGUUAUCCUGGUCCUUCGUCUUCGUCUCUUGGUUCUCUUCUCGGCGGCUGCACCGGCUCGCACAUUGAUAAGCAUGGGGAAUUUUCAUUUUGAGUUGCUAUCCACUAUCGCCCUCUACCACGCAGCAGCAUCUUCGCCCCUGUCGCCCUUCCAGGCGCCACUUCAGGGAUCGCAUGGAGCAGUCGCAAGCGAGAGCACAAUAUGCUCACAGAUAGGCAUAGAUUUGCUGAAGAACGGCGGCAACGCCGCCGAUGCCAUGGUGGGCACGAACCUGUGCGUCGGCGUGAUUGGGAUGUACCACUCCGGCAUAGGAGGUGGUGGGUUCGCUCUUGUCCGUGACGCACACGGCAACUAUGAGACAGUAGACUACCGAGAAGCUGCGCCAGCCGCCGCGUACGAGGACAUGUACCAAGGAAACUUGGCAGGGGCGGUCUUUGGCGGUCUCUCUGUGGCCGUCCCCAGUGAGCUGAGAGGCCUCGAGUACCUGCACAACAAGUAUGGCUCAUUGCCAUGGCGAGCUCUGGUCAACCCCGCAGUACACUUGGCACGCAACGGAUUCAAUGUCACCGAGGACUUGGUGCGGUACAUGAAUGCCGCUAUCAACGGGCCGAACGGCAAUUUCCUGGUCGAUGAUCCGAUAUGGGCAGAGGACUUUGCUCCAAACGGUUCUCUUCUUCAACUUGGAGAUGUAAUAACAAGGAGACGCUACGCAGACACGCUGGAAAAGAUCGGAAGGCAUGGGGUGAGAGCCUUCUACGAGGGGGAGCUCGCAGAGGAAAUGGUCAAGGUGACCCGGGAGACGAACGGGACCCUCACACUGGACGACCUGAAAUCCUACAAGGCCCUGUCCAAACGGCCCCUCAGCAUCGACUUCCGCGGGUUUAAGCUCUACACAACCGGGGCCCCCAGCUCAGGCGCCGUCAUGCUGAGCACGCUCAAGACAAUGGAGCAGUAUCCGACCGCAGACCUCGCCGAUACAAAUUUGACAACCCACCGCUUCCUUGAGGCCAUGCGCUUCGCCUACGGCGCCCGCCUGGCGCUGGGAGACCCAGACUUCCUCCCCGGCAUCGAGGCACUCGAGGACACGCUGCUAAGCAAGCAGAAUGCUCGGUCCAUCCACGACCGCAUCGACGACAAUAGCACGCUCCCAAUAGACGAGUACGACCCCCGCGGCGAGUACGCCGCGGAGAGCCACGGCACAUCGCACAUCGUGACGGCAGACGCGUCCGGGCUGACCGUCUCAUCGACGACGACGGUGAACCUGUUGUUCGGCGCACAGAUCAUGACGCCCAAGAGCGGCAUCAUCCUCAACGACGAGAUGGCCGACUUCAGCACCCCCGGCGCCCGCAACGUCUUCGGGUUUGCGCCCUCGCCCGCCAACUUCAUCCGCCCGGGGAAGCGGUGCAUGAGCUCCAUCACGCCCAUCAUCGCCGAGUUCCCCAACGGGACCGUGUUCUUCGUCACGGGCGCCGCGGGCGGGAGCAGGAUCAUCUCGUCCACCACGCUGACGGCCUGGCACCUGCUCGAGCACGGCAUGGACAUGCGCCAGGCGAUGGCCGAGCCGCGGUUCCAUGACCAGCUGAUCCCUAACCAGGCCGAGUUCGAGUGGACUUAUGAUAAUGGUACGGUCGGCGCCAUGGUCGAGAAGGGCCACAAGAGCAUAUGGGUGCGUCUAGGGGUGAGUGCCGUGCAGGGGAUCCAGAGGCUGUGGGAUGGGACGUUCCUUGGUGUGGGAGAGCCGAGACAGAAGAACAGCGGGGGUCUAUCUAUCUAGCAUCGCGAGCUCGUCUCCUGCUGGCCUCUGUGGCAUGCGAAAUUGGAUUUCUUGGAAUGUGAGGCUGGCAAUUUGACCCGCAGAAGAGGACCCGUGAUGUAUACAAUGACGAGCUGCAUGUGGGCACGGCCCCAUGGGGCAAGGGUGAACAGAAUGAAGAGGAUUCGUAGAGCACAGUUACAGCAGCACAUUGCGUGCACGCAGUCACGAUUAGGGACCC